AUGGCAUCAGAUUCAGAGCGCAGCAGCAGUGACGAGGAACCUCCUCUCGAGGGAUAUGAACGCACUGAAAUGAUUGGCCAAGGAGCCUAUGGUGUGGUCUACAAAGGGAGAAAAGAGGAUACCGGGGACAUUGUUGCCAUAAAAAGAAUUCCGUUUGCGGAUUCCACACCCGAAGGUGGAGUUCCGUGCAAUGUGAUUCGAGAAAUCUCGCUACUGAGAGAAUUGGAUCAUCCCAAUGUGGUCAAGCUGUUUGAUAUCAAGCAGGCUGAUCCUGGAGGUUUGUAUCUAGUCUUUGAGUUCGUCGCACAUGAUCUCAAAACAUACAUGGAUCAGUUCCAAACGUCGGAUGACAUUUCGGAUCGAGUGGGUUUGCCGCAAGAGACAGUCCGCAGCUUUAUGCGACAAAUUGUGGCCGGUGUGGGAUGCUGCCAUACCUACCGAAUUCUGCACAGAGAUUUGAAGCCUCAUAACUUGCUCAUUAGUGGGGACGGUAAACACGUCAAAUUGGCCGAUUUCGGUUUGGCUCGGCUAUCGGCUAUUCCCAAUGGACCUUACACAUUUGAGGUUGUCACUCUUUGGUACCGUGCUCCGGAAUUGCUUCUAGGUGCCAACCGGUAUUCCACUGCGGUCGAUGUCUGGAGUGUUGGUUGCAUCUUUGCCGAAAUGGCCACUGGUAUGCCCCUAUUUCCGGGACGAUCUGAUAUUGACCAGAUCUUUAAGAUUUUCCAACGUAAGGGAACGCCGACGGGAGAUAUGUGGCCAGCGGUCACUCGAUUGCCACACUACAAUGCUGAGUUUCCGCAAUGGAGGGAACGUCCACUCACAGAUCAAGUGCCCAUGAGUGCGUUGGGAAGCAACAAUGCGGCAGAUCUCUUGACCAAGCUUCUUGUGUACGACCCUGAUCGAAGGAUUGCCUGCAAGACGGCCUUGCAGCACCCAUAUUUCUUUGAAUAA